AUGGACUUGCCAGCAGACGUCUCUGCUCUUCUUCGUUUGGACAAAUUUGCGCUGAACGCAGCGCUCCGGCUGUGUGCGAGAACGGAACGAUGGCGCUGUGCGUGUGUUGUGCUGGAGCUCAUGCGGGGCGAGCUUAUCGAGGUCGACAUCAUCGCAGUCACGACAGUUCUGGCUGCAGGCUCAAGGAGCUCUCAGUGGCAGAGAGCCUUGGGGUUGAUGUCUGCUAUGCUUGCUCUACAACCAGACACCACGACUUGGAACACGGUGAUUCACGGCCAAAGCAAAGGCUUGGACUGGCGUCGAGCCUUCCUUGAGACAAGUGCCCUUCGUGGAAGGUCCUUGCAGACCUCGAUGGUCACUUGCACAGAAAGUCUCACGGCCUGCUGUGGUUGCAGGAGAUGGGUGCAGGCCCUGGGCAUUCUGCAGCUACAGCAUCCUUCAUUGCGAGCUGAUGUGAUAAUGUACAGCUCUGCGCUGUCCGCGGCGACGAGUGAGUGGAAAAUUGGGUUAAAAGUAGUUGCUGCCAUGACUUGGCAAUGCCUUCAAGUGGACGUCGUCACCUGCAACUCGUUACUGAACGCGGCGUGUGGUGGAUGCGGAGGAGGUGCAGGGUGGCAGGCCAUUUCCAACCGGUUAAUGGCCUUUCAGCGCCUCGGAUUGAAGUUUACGCCUGUGACGGUGAAUGUCGUUACGAAUGGACUCGCAGAGAGUGGUCAGUGGCACCGGGCCAUGCAUGCCCUUGGUACGGUAAGACAGGCCAGCCUGCAAGGUAACUUGGCCAUCUAUGGGUCCGCUGUGCACGCAUGUGCAGCAAGCUGGGUUCGUGCGUCUCAGCUCCUGCAAACUCUACGGCAGUCCUCCAUCCAAGCAAACACGAUCGUGCUGGGAGCGGCUACAACUGCAUGCGGCAAAGAUCAGAGGUGGACGCAAUCCACUCAAUUACUAUCCGAGCUCCGGUCGACUGCACUCCUUGUGAGCACAGUGGCCUUUAACGCAGUCCUCAGUUCUUGUGGCCAGGCCCAGCUUUGGAGGCUCUCGCUGGGACUUUGCUACACCGCUCGGAAGGGACACGGAAACGGGCUUGAAUUAGACGUCGUCAGCUCCGGGGCAGCGAUCAGGGGGGCCUCUGGAGACUGGGGAUUGGCAGUGCAGCAUUUGAGUUUGUCGCGGCAGAUGACCCUGCAGACAGAGAUCAUCACACUCAACACAGCUUUGGACUCCAUGGAAGGAGCCAUGCGUUGGACCGGUGCCCUUUCCCUCCUGCGCCGAUUUGUGCCUGUCAUGCUACAAACGGAUGCAGCAUCCGACAACACCAUCAUCAGCCCCUUGCACGGCUUGAUAGAGGCUUUUCACGGCCCGGCGGUACUCGAGCACAUCAUCCUCGUCUUCGAGGUUGGCUUCGGCUUAACAUUUCUGCCUCUUGACCGUUUCUGUCAGGCGGCCCCGGUCCCGCCUCUCCGCCAGGAGGCCGACCCUGCCUUUUCAGACUUUCCGCCUUGGCCCAUAUCUGGCUGA